AACAUUUCCUGUGAAAUCAUUUUUAUUUAAAUAGAAACCAGUUUGUGCCAUUUUAUUAUGAAGCAGAAAGAGUUCCUGCAAUAUAAAAUACAUCUUUGGUUCAACUUUUGUGAAAUUCCAGCAGAUCAUCAGAAGACAAAGAAAAGAAGAGAUAACUGAGAAAUGUCUCUUCAGAAUGUGUUCCUACUACUGAUGGCCGUGGUUCUCCAGCAAUCCCCAGGACAGGCAGACCAUUUGCUAAGUGAGCUCUCUGAAAUACAGAAGAAAGAAAUUAUUGAUAUGCACAAUGAAAUCAGGAGGCUGGUGCAACCAACUUCUAGCAAUAUGAUGAAAAUGGUGUGGAAUGACAAUGCUGCCAUGAGUGCUGGAAGUUGGGCCAGUAAAUGUCUGGGAACAAGUAGUUCCAAAGAGGACCGAAUGUUGGAUGGAGUCCCAUGUGGUGAGCUUACUUUGAAAACCACUUAUCCUACUACGUGGCAAUCUGUAAUUGAGAUGUUCUCAAGUGGACGGAUUUAUUUUGAGUAUGGCAUUGGAACAACUGACUCAAGAAAAAAUGUUAAUGCUUAUACUCAGAUUAUUUGGCAUAGUUCAAACCAGAUUGGAUGUGCACUUGCCUUCUGCCCCCAAAGUACAAACACCUUCAUAUAUGUUUGCCAUUAUUGUCCAGGUGGAAACAUACUAGGACAAGAGAAGAAACCAUACAAAAAAGGUCUACCAUGUGCCGACUGUGCUGAUAGCUGUGAGGAUAAUCUCUGCAAUAGCUCUUGCCAGUUUAUAGAUAAAGGUGAUGACUGUGAAACCCUAAUAGAAAUUUUCACAUGUUCAUAUCCAUUUGUUCAAGAAAGAUGUCCAGCCACCUGCAACUGUCCUCAGAAAUAAAUAAUAUAUACACAAGAAUAGAAGAAGAAAAAUAGAGAAAGAAUGAAAAUUAAGAAUUUAAAAUGAUUUUCCACUUGAAAAUGUGCAUUUGAAAUAGUACAAAAAUAAAGCAUGUGAAAAGAG